GAAUGUCAUCAUCCUUUACUGUAUCGCUGUUAAUAUUCGUAAUAAAUCCUAAUAAGGUUUAAAAUUAACACAGUUGUAUUUUCGAUUGUCCAGAUUACUUGAAAAUAGCUGCCUGUGGUACCUAAAAUUAGUUGUGGUGUCGUUUGACAGGUUAACGUAAGCUCACCUAGCCUGUUGGCUAGCUACCGUUUGACUCACAUGCGUGUAUUAUUUUAACAGUCAAACAUCAGUUGUCAUAAUUUAUAUGCCGUAACUUGCUAGUCAUCAAUCCGCUACUCGACUUCAGGUGCCUGAGAUGGAGCUUCAGGCUGUAUUGAUGGCCGCCGGUGGUGGAUCCCGUAUGAUGGAUCUUACCUACAACACCCCAAAACCUCUGCUACCUGUUGGAAACAAACCUCUCAUCUGGUAUCCUCUGAACCUUCUUGAGCGAGUGGGUUUUGAAGAGGUCUUUGUGAUCACCACUAAAGAGGUGCAGAAGGCACUGACAGACCUGAAAGUCAAGCUGGAUGUGAAGAUGAAGCUGGACGUGGUGAUCAUCCCAGAGGACGCUGAUAUGGGUACAGCUGAAGCCCUCAGACACUACCAGCAGAAGUUCAAGACGGACAUCUUGGUGGUGAGUUGCGACCUGAUCACCGACGUGGCUCUCCACGAGGUGGUGGAUCUGUUCCGUGCCCACAAUGCCACUCUGGCCAUGCUCAUGAGCAAAGUCCACGAAUUCACGGAGACUGUCCCCGGACAGAAGGGCAAGAAGAAAGCAGGGGAGCAGAGGGACUUUGUUGGAGUGGACGGUACAGGAAAAAGACUGCUCUUCAUGGCCAACGAGGCCGACCUGGAAGAGGGCCUUGUCAUGAGGAAGUCCAUUAUGCAAAAACAUCCUCGGAUGCACAUUAAAACAGGCCUGUUGGAUGCCCACCUGUACUGCCUAAAGAAAUCUGUGGUUGAUUUUUUAGUCGACAACAAGUCCAUCACUUCCAUUAGAGGAGAGUUAGUGCCGUACUUGGUCCGUAAGCAGUUCUCUAAAUCAGCAAACUCGCAGGUGAAUACGGAAGAUAAUGACCAAAACCAGAAGAAAAAAGACGCCAACGCUAACUUGGAGAUACUCAGCUCUUCAAAAGAUGACGACUUGCUGCAGCUGGCCCGAGAGAGAUCCUGCUGGAAUGAUCACCGUGGCGACAUGAACGAAGCCUAUCAUGGCGGCAAGCUGCGCUGUUACGUGCACAUCAUGGAGGAGGGCAUGUGUUACCGCGUCAACACGCUCGCCGCAUACAUUGAAGCCAAUCGUAUGGCCCCAAAGCUGUUUGAGGAACCGCCUGUCCAUCCGUCGGCCGACGUGUCGGAGCGCAGCCUGGUUGGAGGUGACAGUAUUAUUGGAGCCUCCUGUCGGAUAUCAGACAAGACGUCCAUCAAGCGUUCCACGAUCGGAGCGUCGACAGUAGUGAAGGAGAAAGUCAAAAUAACCAACUCCAUCAUCAUGAACGGAGUCACAAUCGAAGAGGGGUGUAACAUUCAGGGAAGCGUCAUCUGCAGCAACGCCGUUAUCGGCCGCGGUGCCGACAUCAAGUACUGCCUGGUCGGAAACGGUCAACGCAUAGAGCCGGAGGCUGAAAGAACCAAUGAAGUCAUCGUUGGAACCGAUCAGCUCAUGGAGAUCUAGAACCUUUGGGGAAACUUAUCAUGGAACUGAGCAGAGAGAGACCAAAGCAGAUGGGAGAACUGGCUCCAAUUUGGACACCCUCCAGACGUGAUCUUUUUUUUUAUAUAAU